CGGAGCCUACGGUCGUUCAAACCCCAAGUCCGCAGUCACAAUUUGGACGUUCAGCGGUGUAGAUGUACAGCCGCUUUGUGUCGCGUUUACAAUCUUGACUACCGGAAGUGCAAUUCCGCGUCUCCGGCUGUGCAUUCGAGUUUGUUUCACUCCGGUUUUCGCGAAUAUCCAUCGGAUACGCCGGUCGUGAUAUCGAUGAUCGUCUGAAAUCUACCUUGCAUGAAUCUCGGCAAUCGGAUCGCGCUGUUCGGGAAGCUAUUGUUUGAUUAGACUGGUGUUUCCGAAGCGGGGUGAAACCGUCGUCACAUCGCGAUUUCGCUACUCGCGGUGUUGCUGUUUCGAAGUGGUUUUUUUUUCAAGAAAGCUCCGUCCGUCGGAACGCUACGCUUUAAGCUACGCCCGGCCGGCGCGGCGUCUGUAUUAAAGAGGGAUAUGUCCGAAGCGGCGACGGCGAUCGACUGACAGCGGCGGAAUCGAAGCUGCUUGCUUGCAGCGAAACGUGCCGGUGCGAUCACAGUAUGAUUUUCGGGUGACGAGAUGCAACAUCUUCAGGACAAAUUGACAUAAAUCGUCACGCGAGGAGCGGAUCUCCUGAAGCGUGGCUGGUGCGAGAUGUAGCUUACCGAAGUCUUCCGUGCUUCCACGAAAGGAAGGCGGCUAUCUCGGUUCGUUGACUCACAGAAUUGUAUUUUGUACCCGUCUGGUGUUUAUCUGGUGACAAGGUGGUGGUGAUAAAUCCUGGAGUGAUACUUUGUGAAGUGGUGCUGUCGGUGCGAGGACAGGAACAUCGAGAAACGUCCGUGUUACUUCCGCGAUGUGUCUGCGAUUCGGUUAGGAAGGACUUCCUCUCUUCUCAUCGCACCAGGAUGACGAAACGCUGUCUGUCGGACGCGCUCGACUAGUCAUCACAGUGGACGCGUUCUGCUUAAUCGCAGUCUCGGGAGGGGGUGGUUCGAUGUUCCCUCCCGUGGCCCAAGGUGGGGCCGGGGAUCGUCCCGUGGGGGACACGGUGGCACGGGCACAGCAGACGACCGGCCCCGCUACGACGACCCUAUGGCCUUUAGCACCUGCGCAGCCCAAUCAACUUUCAAAUCAACAGUUCCAGGGCAUACCACCCCUGGCAGCUACGCCUGCGCCCGCACACAAUCAAGGUGCUAAUCGCUCCGGCACGCUGUAUUCGUUAUUCUCAGGGGGUGGCGGGGGUAGUUAUGUUGCCGCCACCCCCGCCACCCCAGGGCAACCGGCGGCAGCACGGACUUAUCACAAGGAACGGACAGUUUCAGAGAGCGUGUUUUCCGCGGCAGUCGGAGUGGGGAUGAGUGGCUACACCUGGGGCGCUCCCACGCCACCGCCGGGAUCGUACAGCCCCGUGCCCAUGACACAGCUGGACCUGCUGAAAAAUUUCGCGAACCUGGCACCCGCGGCCGCGGCCGCCGCCGCGGGCCAGCAGACCUUGAGUCUGCAGGGUGUCGGCGUUAACGUGGCGGGCAGUUUGCAUCACGCGCAACACACGCAGCAUACGCAGCACACCCUCAAUCUCACCGGGUUUCAUCAUCUGCAUCAUGGUGGCCUCCACCAGAACGCGUUCUCGCCUCAAUUAUCGCUGGUGGCCGGCAGUGCACCAACCCUGACCAUCAACAGCUUUUCGUCACACAACCCGACGGGCAACGGUGUCGCGCCGACGACGGGCGUUCUCCUGCAGGAGUACCAGUCGCCGAUAGGCGCGACAGCGGCGCCGGCAGGAUGUACCGUCACCGUGAACGGUUCCUCCUGCCUGACCAACACCAGCAGCACGGCUAACAGCAUGGUGUUGCACGGCGGCAGCGGCGGCGGCAACCAAGCGACCGGCAACCAGACCGUGCAGGCUGCCACCGUCACAACGAAGAAACGCGAGGCUUUCCUUUCCAGUCAAGGCCAACCGGUGAAGCUGGAGAACAAAUCGACCAGGACGUCGUGCCUGUGCAGGAACAGCAACGGGAAGACAAAGGUAGUGCAUUCGGACGUGGGAUGCAGCAGGACGCUACCUGUCGCCUCGUCCUGGAAUGGGCAGGAUGGCAGUGCUGGCACUAACAAUAGCAACGCUGCUAGUCUGACGGUGAAAAGGGAACCGUUGGCUUCAGUGCCCUGUCAAGUCGCCGAAGUAUCCACAUCCCUUCACGCCACAACCACCUCUGUCAAGAUCGAACCCGUUCCCCCCAAGUCCGAGAACGGGAUAGCGGUCCCUAAUGUGGGCAAAGCGGUUGGUAUUGCUGUGGCUAGGCAGCGAUUGCAGCAUCAGGAAACUUCAUCUAUGCGCAAUGUUUCCUUGAGUCAUCACACGUCGCAUCACGCGACCAACUAUCAUCAUUUCCAGCCGGACAGUCUGGGUUCCGGCACAGCCAUGACGAUAGGCGGCACCACCCUGGUGCACUGUGGAGGGCCUGGAGGGGAGGAUCGUGCGGCCCACCUCGCUGCCAUUCCCUCAGGGGCUCUCGCGCCUUCGCUAAACCUGAAUUCCAGUAUAAAUUCCGCGCUGAAUUCCACCCUGGGCAGCAUCGGCGGCGCACCGGCGGCCGCGACCGAUGCGGCCGCCGCUACGUGGCCGCCCACGCUGUGGCAGUACUCGGCUACGGCGGCCGCAGCGAUGCCAACGGAGCCGGUCGGCUUUUCGCAAAUGGGCUCCGGGCUUCAAGGUGGAUUCCAGCUAAUCCGCGAUCCAACAACUGGACAAAUACUUGUUAUUCAUGCGGCAGAACAAAUGCAGCAGGCUGUGGUGUUCCCUAAUUACUUGAACCAUAGCAAUAACGUGAUACCGUCAUCGCUUCUGGUGCCGCCUCCUCCGUCCUCGAUACAGCUUUUGAGUGAUAUUGGUGGUGCGCGUUUAGUGCUGACCGAAAACAAAAGGAAGCAACAAAGCGCGUCUCUGCCGAUAGUAAAAAUUGAGGCAGAAUGCAGCAACAGUCCAACCGCUAUAAUUACAUCCACCGAAUCGUCAAAAACCGCCUUGCAGACCAUGGCGGGCGCUCUAGUACCAGACGCUCUGGUUACCACUCUAUAUUACCCCCAAGGAUCGGCGCUGGUGCAGAUUAGUCAAGCCGAGCCUACUGCGCACUGCAGAUCACAGGCCACAUCGCCGGUCUCGUGCCUGACGCCACCCCCAGAAAUACCGGCGACAAUUCACGCGAUCGAGCCUGCGUCGUUUGGAGUUCAGGACGCUUCGAAUCAAACCGAUGCGCCCGAGGAAACGGACGAGCAUAAACAAGAGCCACCGCUCGUAAAGCAGGAGCAAAAUCUGAGUCCAUGCCAGGCGUCUCAAUCUAAUACAAAUCUGACCGCCGCUAACUUCGAAAUUGUCAGAAUCACGACAACUACGACGACGGUGAAUCCGACCGUCUGCGGCAUCGUCGCCAAAGUGGAUAAGGCGGAAAAUACCAUCAUUAAUAUGGCCGAUGCGGCCAAAUAUUUGACAAAAGGAUCGGGCAGGGGUUUCGUCAGAGCAAUUGAGCAGAGCUCGCAAGGCGUCAAGGCGACAGAUGAGGACAAAGACGAUAAGGUGCCGCUUUGUAGCAGGAGCAGGAUCGGCGCUAGGAUCAUUGAGAUCACCGAAGAGAACUGUGAUAGUUUCCACGAAAAUUUGGAAUUCUUCGCGAGAAGAAGAGACGUCAGUGCAGAGCAACGCGAUCAUCGAGAUGAUUAUUCUAAGGAUGAAACGGAUGCCGCGCCUAACAUUCAUGAAAAAAUGGAUAUUGAGUCGAAGACCAUCGAUGCUCCGGAGAAGGUGGAAGUCCACUGUCAAAUGUGCCCUAAAACACCGGAAACAGCAAUAUUUGACGAGCCGAAACCAAGCGCCGUGGAUUCGACGGAAUCGUCGAGAAUUAAUUGCGAGAGCUGCGACAAGAAUCGAAACAUAGCGAACGGCGAGGACCGGCCUCAAAUCGCGAAGAAAUCCUUCGACAUGCCUAAUAUCGAUUGCGACGAUCAGGAAGUGCAGCAGGUGGUCAUCAAGCAAGAGGCCGAUGACAACUGCUACGAGGUGUGCUACGAGUCAUCUCAGUGCGAGCCGACGUCCACCAGCGAGCGAUCUAGAUCUAGCUGUGAGAGAUUGUCGCAGGAGGCGACAAAGAGGCACUCGGUGGAGAAGACGCAUCAUCCAGGUAUCGAGAACGUGGUAGAGAAGCUGAAGAAGAGUGCGGCGGCUCUGCAAGAGGCCACUCUUCUACCUGUCGCUCAGAAGAUCGACAAAUCCACGGAACAAUUGGACGCGGAGAAGUUAAGAAGGUACUCCGAGACGAUCCCGAAGAAACUACAUUUCCUGAGGUCUUGUCAGAAUUCUCUAGAAAGCAACCUAGACACCGAAGUUUCCUCGUCGCAAACUGCGGAGCAACACGAUCACGAUCAAUCGGGACAUUCAUCGCAGAUGGAGGACGAGCCCUCGUCGGCUAGCAGCAAGUGCGACACGUCCGGCGAGUGUUUGAUUAACGACAACAAUAACGACAGCAAGAGUAAUAACAAUAAUAUCAAGGUACUCGAAGACGUGAAACUGCUCGCGAUGAACAAGAAAAAUAUUCUUUACGACACUUACAAACCGAAGACCGUCUGGCGCUGCGAGGUGCAUCCGCUGGGAAAGUUUAACGCCACUCGCAAAUCCGAGGUCGUUAAAGACGACGCGUCCUCGGAAACGAUCGAUAACAGCGGUCUCCUGCUACUGUCGAAGAGCAUCGAACAGUACGAGCAACGGAUUGGUCAGCCGGAACAUCCGCAACCGGAUGCCUACGACGCCGAGAACUCGUCGGUUAGAAGUGAGCUGCAGAUAAGUCAGCAGAGCGAGAGCAAUAAUGUCGGCAAUCGCUUGCGCAUUUUGGAUCUUGCCCAAAUCGCCUCCGAGAUUAUAGAGAGCGAUCAUCUCGAGAAAGACGGAAACAAAAGAAAGUAUCCGGAAAACGAUGACCACCAUGUCAAACGAUACAAGAUCGACGAUUGCAAAGAGGAGGAAACCAACAAGGAUGCAUCAUUUAAUUAUCCUGAAGAAAGUAGUGCGAACAAGACGAUGGAGAUUAUAGCAGAGCAACGGGCAGCGGAGAGCACCAAGUGUACCGUUAAUUUCUCCGAAGAAAAAAUCAAUAAUGUCACUGAUGAAAGAGUUACUGAUGCAGAAGAGAAACCUCUCAAUGAAGAUUAUGAAAAUUAUCAGCCUAAGAAACGCAACGCAAAGCUUCUUAAAGAUUCGCAAGUUCUAAACAAGAUCUGUUUGGACGAAACAUUCGAUAAUUCACAAAACAAUGAUAAUUAUGAUAAGCUCUCUGACGAAGGCUCAGACAGCGAAUCGAGGAUUUUCUCCGGGCAGCCAACGAGUCAAGUCGAAAGCAAGAAGCGGAAGGCAUCCGUUGAAGACGCGAGAGGAGACGUCCAUGACUACAAAAACCCGCAGACAAAGUUAGAGACGAAGAAAUUCAUAGCCAGAAAAGGCAGUCGCGACGAGGGUGAUUGGCCGAAUAUCAACGCCGCGGAAUCCAACAUAAUAGCCGAGAUGGCCAACAUACAAAAAAAGUACAAAGAGACACAAUUGGAACUCUUUAAAUUACCUCCCAAAAAGGACGACAAAAAGUGCUUCGGCAGACCGCGGAAAAAGAGCCACUCUUCUCUGAGUUCUGAUCAAGGAACCUUGCCAUCACCACCCGCAUACGAAUUUGGGAGCUCGCCAAACUCGCCAGUGAAGUUAUCCGGAUGGAUAGAUGACGCAUUUUUGCCGAUAACUUCUGCUGGUUCGAUCGUGCCGACAAAUGGGACGAAUCUUGAGAAACACAUCUCAAAGAUCGAGCGAAAAUAUCAGAUUGAACAUCAGAGCCAUAUAAAGCUUCUCGACAGUAUACCCAGCAUUCCGACAUCAGAGCUGCCGAUAGCAUUACCAGACCCAAUACCUGGUCCCAAAACAGCAGAGGAUGGCGAGAAGAAUACAGGAACAGCAACGGUGAACUCUGAUGUGUCGUCAUCGUCUAGUGCCGCAAUCUCGAUCUCCGCUUCGAAAAGGAGAAAAGUAGGCCGACCAAGAAAGUUUAAAAAUUUGACAGAGACAAUCGUUACUAAAAAAUCGAAAAGCAAGAGUGCUAUAGUGGAUUACGUGCUAUCCCCGAAGAAUAGACAUUUGCAAACAAAGCAAUAUGGCUACACACCGUUGCCAUUCAAAUCUAGUAUGUCUUCCUUAAGGCAAUCUAAGCUGCAAAAGACGAAGCGAAUGAAACAAACUCCGCUACAUAAAAAAGACGUGAUUGUCAGCUCGAUCUUUGGCGACAAAGCGAAAAAGCAUAGUAGCGGUAAAGUGAAACCAAAGCUCAAAGCGGAAGUUAUGAUGAAAAAUUUGAAUGAUGAAAGUGAUACGAUACCGCCCGAAAACAUUCCAUCCGAAGAAUCUAUUGUUCAAAUCUCCGUCGAGGAGACGCCGGCAGAGUCGGUCGAACAAGGAAUGGAAAAGGAACCGGAACGACCGAGGCACGAGAAAUCAAAGAAGAGGAAGCGGAAAUUAUCACAGUCGUCAAACAGCGAGAGCAGGGAAUCAAAGUGGCACAAGAACUGCACGCAAUGCAAGAAGACCGCCGCCGAGAGUAUCAUCAAGCGGUGUAAACUAACGGACGAAUAUCUAAAACAGGACCAUCUGCGAAUCCUGAAAGAGUCCAACGGCUUGUUUUACGCGGGCAUUCUCAGCGUUGUCCAACCCAAUGAAAUUUAUGCCAUUAAUUUGGAUGGUGAACGAGGGAACAAAUCACACAUUUUACCCAAGGAGGAUAUAUUACGCGAUGCGAUUGUGGAAGUACGUCCAAGUUCAACAAAAGAGAUACUACCCGGGACCAGACUGUGUGCAUAUUGGAGUCAUAAUCAGAGAUGCUUGUAUCCCGGGAUCUCAGCGGAGCCUAUUAAUGGGAAUAGUGCGGAACAGUGCGAGGAUAAUUACGUCAUCGUGGAAUUCGACGACGGAGACAGCGGUAGAAUCAGCCUGGAGUAUAUCAGAUUCUUACUGCCUGAUUAUCCUUUCGUAGAGUACAAUACAAACCCCUUGGUGUCAUGUCGCAAACGACGGCGACAAGCAUCCGCAUCGGAGGAGAAACGAUCCGUGGACAAUGAUCAAACUGCGGCGUCGGGUGACGAAAUAACAGCGGAGGCAUUCACCCACGAACGCGGCAAAACAAAGAUCGAAAAGCUUUGUGACUAUCAUCGCAGAAAAAAGAAAAUAAAGAAGGAUAAGAAGCUACAUGAGUCUCAAGAAGAAAAAAUGAAGCACAGAAAGCACAAGUCUAGCAAGGAGCAUCGUAAGGAGAGACAUAAACAUAAAAAACAUCGGAAGCACAAACACAGACAUCAUGAUAGCUUUGGCGAUUCGAGCAAAACCAGCAAGGAAAGUAGCUUUGAGCAGAAGAGCGAGGAAGAAGCAGUCCACAGUACAAGUACAGGUUUUCUCGCUGCUGAGGAAAGAACGUCAUUCGAGACCGAAGAAUUGUCAGAAGAUAACGAACCUCAAAUCGCGUCUGAAGAAUUAAUAGAAUCUGCGCAAGAGGACGAAGAAGAGGCUCAGAUAGAAUCUGAAGAAUCAGCAGAAGCCAUCGAAGACGAAGAAGAGGCUCAGAUGCCAGAAGCCAUCCAAGAGCACGACGCGGUUCAGAUAGAGUCUAAAGAAUCCUCAGAUCUAGUAGAAAAAAACGAUGAGAUUCCAGUUCAAGAGUCAGAACUUAUUCAAGACGUUCAAGUAAAAUCUGAGGAAUCGCCAGCAUCAAUCGGAAGAAAAUUGAGAAAGCAGCGUAAGACACCGACGAAUCGCACUUCGACGAGUCGCGUCCCGACAAAUCGCCCUUCGACGAAUCGCGUUUCGACGAGGCGCGCCGCGAAGACUAAUCUCGUCACUUCGUCAAAUCUCUCCUCGACUGAUGCUACCACGUCGAGUUCAUCCUCGUCGAAUUCCCCCUCGUCGAAUUCCCCCUCGUCAAAUUCCCCCUCGUCGAAUUCCUCCUUGUCGAGUUCCUCCUCCACGAGUUCCUCUCCGUCAACUCCUCCCUCAUCGAAUCCCUCUUUAACGAGUCCCUUGAAUUCCUCUACACCGGACUCGUCCGCAUCGAAUCCCAUUGAGACAACCAGUGCAAUAGCCCCCAUGUUACCUAACAAACGUCUCUGGAAAUGGGCGAGCAAACCUAAUCAUACGUCUGGAGGAAAUCAGUAUUAUACGGCCAUACGACGCGGCAGGGAGACGAUAAACAUCGGCGAUAGCGUACUAUUCUACUCCUAUAAACCCAACGAGAAACCUUACAUCGGCAAAAUCGUGCAGCUGUGGUCAAAGAAGUCAGAAAUGAAGGUCAAAUGCGAUUGGUUCUACCGCCCCGAAGAGCUGCAUGAACCUUGCGGACUGAAUCCUCCGGGUGGCCUAUUCACAUCGGAUCACCGCGACACGAACGACGUGCAGACCAUCUCCCACAAGGUAAUGGUGGUGACACUUGAUGAGUACAAACAGAUGCUAGAGAAAACACCCCAAAGACAUCAAAGGAUCUGCGAGGAUGAUACAUACUAUUACAACGCCGGCUACUACAAGAAUCCGAAAAUGAAAUUAGCAACCGGCGUUAAGACUAUUCCGAUUCAGAUUGACAAUAAAUGAGGACAGCUUAAGCUGACGAUUAAGUUAACAAAAAUUACUUAAUCGCAAUCAGCCAACAACUUUGCGAAAUUUCGAUAUGACAGCAGCGCUCUCGCAAUAAAGACAUGUGAAGAAACAACUUCACCGAGGUCAAAGAUUGCAGGCUAAAAAUGCCUUUAUCGAUCCAUAUCGCUUUCGAAGCUUUGUCGCGCACGUCUAGCGAUAACAACAUAUAUCUUUCAUAUCUUUCAUGUUUUAAUCAAUUCGGCGGAAUAUUUAGUCGCGCGCCAAUAACGACGAAACGUUUUUAUAUUGCUAUAUCUAAUGAGGAAUAAGAAUAAAACAAUGUUAUAUAACAUUGAUUAGUAAAAAUUAGAAUACUUUGAUAUUGAGUGAAUGCGCAGUAUUUUUUUUCAAGUAGUAUACGUCCCUCCUUUGUGUCUUUUUAUUGCGAGAGCGCUGCUCAGGUUGAAUCCACAAGGCACAAGCAUUACUUCAUUCGCAAGAUACUUACUAAAACGCUCGGCUUUGAAAUAGGGCGCUUGUUAUUACUUAUUAUCGUCUAUCAUGUGAUAAUCAGACUCAUUUAUUCAAUAAAUAAAAGUAUGAUGCGCGACUAAAUAUUCUAUCGAUUAAAGUGAUAAGAGUAUUCGAUUAUUAAAAGCAAUAUCAUUAUCGCUAGACGCGUGUGAUAAAUUCGACAGCGAUGUGAACACCAUUAGCCUUCGACCUCCCUACAGGCAAUACUUGUGCCUUGUUCAAAAAUUUCUCUCAUCCAAAAUACGAUCCGAUUGUCGUUUGGUUUCUGCAAUUGUAAGUACGCUUAAAUUUUUCAAGCAGGAGAGAGAGAGAGAGAGAGAGAGAGAGAGAGAGAGAUAAAAAAUUUUACUCGCAUGAAUACACGCUUCUUGCAAGUUUAAUGUAAUAUAAACUCUAAACUCAAUAAGUUUCAUUAAGUAAAUCUGCUCGGUUUUGUCGACUAUACUGACGUUAACAGCGCUUUCUUUAUUGUCUGAACAUUCUUUACAAUUUAAUUUAAUUUGUACUUUUGACACGGAAUAUCGCAAAAAUGUAACGAUAACGAAGCAAUGAAAAAUUAAUUUUAUUAAAGCUUGCGAUAAAAUCAAUUAUUUAAAUAACCAACUGGUCACUAAAUUUAAAAAAAUUUCCGAACGAUAAAAAAAAAUCGUUACGGCAUGACAGAAGCAGAGGUGUGCCUGGAGAAAGAAAAGAGCGAAAGAAAACUGAGCGAAUUUUAUAAAUGAAGCUUAUCGAAUUUGGAACUUAUUUUUUAUUCACAAGCCGCGUGAAUCCAAGCGAAUAAAUUUUCAUUUCAACAUCUUAAAAUUAUUAUUGAGAAAGUUCUUAGUUUUUAUCGUCGAAAAAAUUUGAUUCCCGAGGUUGGGGCUGAAAUAACCGACAAUGUACUUAUAAUUCGUGACACAUGACUUAUUGACUCUUAGUGUCUUUCGCAGUUAUGAAACGCUUAAUCGGCGUAAUUAAUCAUGUAAAUAAGAAAGAGCGUUUUUUGAGAAUAAUUGCAAACAAAUUUGGGGCUGCAAAGUUUUAACAUAAUAUUGAACUAUUUCUCGAGUAUAACUAUUGUCAAAAUUAAACUUUGAUUGUGAGUCACGUGUCAUGAACUAUCCUUGUUAGAUUAAGAUACUCUUUCCUCGUACUGUUUUGCUUAUUUGUCAACACGUUAAUUAGUUUGGUAGUUCUUUCUUUUUUUUCUAUAUUGCGAGAAGAAACUUUACUACACGCGCGUAGUAAUACAAAAUGAGGUGCUGUACAUAUAUCGAUAGAUGAUUCUCGCGGACUUGUAAGAUACGGAUUUUUAGGUGAAGAUAUUCGAAUAGCCGAACGUCGUUCGUUUUUUUUUUUAAUUUUGCAAUGGCAAACAUACACAUGAAGCUCACUGUAGACAUUUUUCUAUUAAAAUUAAAAAUUUAUAAGAAUAAAGUUCGAGUAUUAUAUGAGGGUACAAAUAUCAUAUUUAGAGGAAAAAUGGAUCAAGUCCAUUUUUGUUAAUUGUUAGAAAAUUAGUUUUAAAGUUAAAGUUAUUCUAAUUAUGUGCAACACUGUUUUUUAUCGGUGCUAUAGUUUCUUUUAAUUUUAACUUAAACAUUUGCACUCUUUUUUUAAGUCAUUCGAUGAAAAUUGUUUAGUUUUUUCUAAUUUAUGGAUUUAAAAAAGGACUUGAUCCACCACUUUUCCUCCGAACUCCUCAUAUAGCUGCGUAAUACGACUUAUUAUUUCGUUUCUGAACUAUUUUAUGAAAAAAUGAACAACAAAAUUUACAAAUAUGUUAAUCGGAUAAUUUGAAAAUCUAUUGUUUGAUAUAA